AUGCAAGACGAUGAGCCGUCGCUGAACAUCCCCUCACUCCUCACGCUAGCGGUCGUGUCGUUCUUCGUGAUUCGAUGGUUCUUUAAUCGCGACGAGGGUCCCGCCGGCGGCCGGCCCCGCGGGCGUGGAAAUGCCGUCGACCCGGCGCAGGUGGAACAGAUCUCCCAGAUGUUUCCGCAGCUGAGCGCCCGCGAGAUCAUGUGGGAUUUGCAGCGCAAUGGCGGCAGUGUGGCCGCCACCACUGAGAGGAUCUUGACCGGGCGGGGGCUGGAAACGCCGCCUCCGUCAUUCCAACCCCAGAUUGCAAUUCCCUCGGCCAACCCUACCGCUACGCAGGCAACAGCGACAGCCGCAUCGGCGUCCAAGUCGGACGGGCAAGAUCUGAUAUCUCGUUACAAUUUGGGCGCCAAGGUUGGGAGCGACGGCGGUGCCGAGGCAGCCCCCGCGGCGUCUCGCACAAGUUCCUGGUCUCAGAAUAAGGAGGAGCGCCAGCGUCUCCUGCAGAAACGCAGGGAUGACAUGAUCCUGGCGGCGCGGAGGAAGAUGGCGGCGCAGAAUAGCCUAAGCCGCACUCAAUGA